AUGGCAAGGCUCAAGGCGAUACUGAUUCGUUUCCUGACGUUGGGUCCGGUCUUUACGAGCAUCUUGGCUUCAGCUUCACUACCUUCGAAUUCAAAGCAUCUUGUUGACACCACUCCGGUGAACCGUCACCUUCAGCUUUCUCCUCGCCAGACUGCAGAGAUUCGCUGCGACCCGGACACGCCGUGUUCCAAUGGUGAUUGCUGCAACGGCGAGACAGGAUUUGUACAGCAGGACCUCAUCUCACCUGGCGCCUUGAUCUGUGCUAACAGUGAAUUUAGUGUGGACGUCGACCAGAAUACUGUGACAAGUCUGUCUUCUCUCCAGCUUUACCAAGAUAAUGUUACUAAUGCUCACGGUCUUCAAAGCCAAGGCGAUGUUCGAGAUCUGGUCAUUGGUUAUUAUGAAUCGUGGACUUUGGCGGAGGAUGGUUGCCGAGUCAUGCCUCUUUCAAAUAUCCCCGUCGAUUCUUUGACGCAUUUGAAUGUGGCUUUCGGCUACAUCAAGCCGAACUCCUUUGUGGUUCAUCCCAUGAAGCCAGCAGAUGACAAAAUCUUCUCUGACUUAUCGAACCUGAAGACGAAAGCUCCAGGACUGCAAAUCUGGGUGUCUUUGGGUGGCUGGACCUUCAGUGACAACGGCACAGAAACGCAACCUGUCUUUGCGGAUCUCAGUAGCACUUCCGCCAAGAGGGCAAAAUUCAUUGAUGAGCUGAUCAAGUUCAUGCGAAACUGGGGCUUUGAUGGUGUUGAUAUCGACUGGGAAUACCCAGGUGCUCCUGAUCGUGGUGGCAAUGAGUGGGUUGACACCGAGAACUAUGUUCGACUCCUUGCGGACUUGCGAUCACGUUUUGAUGCUGAACCAGAAGGCUGGGGCAUAUCCUUUGCUGCACCAACUUCAUAUUGGUAUCUCCGCUGGUUUGAUAUCGAAAGCAUGAUGCCCUAUGUCAAUUGGGUCAACCUCAUGUCGUACGACUUGCACGGUAAGGUUUUACUCAUUUUGUUAUCAGUAUCGGAGGGUUGCAUUGGAGCUGACCGAUCUGGCUGCCUAGGGAGUUGGGAUGACAAGGACAGCUACAUUGGCAAUUACGUGAAUUCUCACACCAAUCUCACCGAGAUCCAAGACGCUCUCGAGCUGUUGUGGCGUAACAACGUGCAGGCAGGCCAAGUCAAUCUCGGCAUCGGCUUCUAUGGGCGGAGCUUUCAGCUCGAAGAUCCAAAGUGCAACAAGCCCGGGUGCAAGCAAAAGGGCCCUGCGAACGCAGGUCGUUGCACUGGCCAAGCCGGUGUCCUGUCAUACGAUGAAAUCAACACUGUUGUCGACGUCUUCCAUCUGAACACGGUUCAUGACCAAGAGGCUGCGGUUAAAUACUUGACAUGGGCCAAUGAUCAAUGGAUCGCGUACGACGAUUCUGAGACCCUGCAAGAAAAGGUCGCUUUUGCGAACAAGCAAGGGUUAGGCGGCUUGAUGAUCUGGGCUGUCGACCUCGAUGACCGUAAACACACCGCCCUGGACGCUCUGCUGCAGCCAGACGGCCUAGGCAAAUUUGCUAAGCGUAAUGGCGUGAACUACGAACUCGGUGACUGGACCAGACAAGGCGCGCAAUGCCGGCUUGGUUCCUGCUCCACGAAGCCGACAUGCGACACGGGGUUCGUCAAGCACGGGCAUGAUCUAGAAUGCCCGAAGAAAGGAGAACGACGCAACAUUUGCUGUGAUAUUGCGCACAACCCGGACCCGAAAACUUGUGCCUGGCGCGACGGAGUCAAUGCGUUCGACUUUCUGGGGCUCGGACCAGGGAUCUUCUGUGGUGGCGCUGCUUGUGGCGACGGAGAGAUCUUGAUGGUUGAGAACGACAGGUUUUGGGUCGACAACCCUGACCAUCCUGAUCAGGGCGACGCAAGAUGUCUUAUUGGUGGCAAGGCAGUCUACUGCUGCAAGGGUGUUGGUGAUAAAAAGCUUGAGAUGUGCUCUCCGCUCAAGGACAGCUGUGCUUACAAGGUGGACGUGCCAUUCCUUGGAGAUCCGAAAUUCCCUGACACAAGUACAAUGUGUGGCGACGGCAAAUACUUUCUGGCCUAUGCGCAAGGCCCUUGCGAAAUCUGGAACAACGAGUACCAGCCCAUUUGCUGUCCCAAUGAAACCCCGAAGGAUGCUUGCUACGUACCCGGGCCUCAUGGCAAGCACGAGGAGUGGUGUGAGUCAGUCAAGAGCUGCGGUACAGGGGAGAUCCAAAGCGGAGACAUCUUGUACUAUCCAAACGCUCAUGGCUGUGCGGGCUUCCAUAUGGAUGUCGCCUUGAUCACCACGCGACCUCUGUGCUGUCGUGCUGAUAAGCUGGAUGUUAAAACCAAAGAUCUUCCUGUGAAGCUCGAGUAUGAUUCCUCCCGUGUAUCAUUCCUAAAACAAGUUUUAGAUUCUGACAAGGUCAACAGAUACCUGUUCCCCAAGCUCGGACCAGAGAGUGACGAGGAGAAGUUCAACCUGCAAGUAGACACAGGUGACGGUGCAGAUGGCGACGCGAAUGACAAUGCUUUCGGCUUUGUAAUCAUGUCGGGGCCCAAGAAAGACCUGAUCAGCCUCGACAAGAGAGAUGGGUCUCACUGGGAACUCCUUGGUUGCGAGAAACACGAGAAGCGCCAAACAGUCACGGCUAUUUGUACCGAGACCGGGCCUGACAGCAACUGCGGCGACAUCUUCCUUGGACAGGUUGCCGAGACCGUCGUCGAGAUGCCACCACAGUGCGGCGCCGGCCGCUAUGCUGUAGCCGUCAGCAUGGAGGCGUCUCAUAACCAGACAUUGCCGCCGUACAUCAUCCGGAAGCUCAGGAGACGUGGAGAAAGUGCGCCUCUUAAGUAUGACUUUACCUUUGACUACGACUUCUCGCCGAUCCACAAGCGCGACAAAUCGGAUGUGCUUCUCCGAAUUGACUACUCAAGCGAGCCGGGAUACUGGGCCAACAUUGUAGACAAGCCUGGAGAGCACAAGAGAAGCUUGAAUGAACUGCACUCCAUAGUGAAGCGGGAUCAUGGCGGUUCGUGGCCUGACUUCUUGCACCAUUCUUUCCGCAAAGAGAAGAGAGAGACACCAGAGCACGAGUGGGACCAGUUGCAUAAGCGGUGGUUCUCCAGUGACCUCGGUAGAUGGCUGGAUGAGAUGCGGGAGGUCGACGUCGAAUACGAGGCUGUACGGCAUCGGAUUUAUGAGAAUUAUCAGUGGAAUCUGUUUGACGAGUCCAUCCAAUGCGUCAACUACAGAGCUCGUAUGCAUGCAUGGAUAGACCUUGAUAUUGACGUCGAAGUGACUGCGACCAUAUCACUCAUUGGCGACUUGGCGGACCCCAAGACCUGGGAGCAGGUUGGCGCCUUGUUCCGUACAAAAGGCGGCGUGGUGACAAAGUUAUAUGUCGAAGCCAAUGCCGAGCUGUUCUUCACAACUGGUCCCAUAGAGCUUUUCGGAGCCCAGAACUUUGGGCUGACUUUUUCUGUACCCGGAAUUGUCACAAUCGGUCCUAAUUUCCGCAUUAUCGGGCAAAUCAAUGGCAACGCCGCGUUACAUCUUGACGCAUCGGUCAAAUUUGAUGUGGUCAAUUGGGAUUACACACAGAGAUACCCGAUCAAGAACAAGGGCACGCAAGUCAAGGAUGCUACACUCGAAGACAAAAAGGCCGAUCCCCCCAAGGUUGGAGCCAAAGACUCUGAUGACGACAACGCGGGCCCAGUGUUCCAUGCAGACGUUACUGCCAAUGGUGCGAUCACGGUCUCAGUCAUUCCCAAAGUUGAGUUCGGCAUCGUUUUCAAUUAUGAGGCUGUGCCUGAUACUGUGAUCACCAUGGCACUUGACAACAGAGCGACCCUGUACGGUGACGCUGGCAUCGGUCUCCAACAAGCGGCAUAUCUGUGCUACGGUAUCGAAGGACGCUCUACCUUGUAUGCCGCUGUCGAUGCACCGUCUAUCUUCGGGUAUUCAUUAAGCAACAGAUGGGAUAUAUUUGAUAAGCCUUUUGAUCUCAUCAAGAGAACAUGCCCCAUCGGUCAAUAG